AAAUGAGCUUUUAAGAAAUUCAAUGGAUGAAAUUAAAAAUUUAACCAGCAUCUCAAGAUAGCUCAAGAAAUUUACAAUUUCUUCAUUUUUAUGGUAACUCAUGCACUAAACUAUAAAUCGUUAAAAAUAUGAUUUUAUGUAAAGUCAAGAGACUAUUUAAAUGAUAUCAGAAAAGCCAUGAAAUGUUUGGUAUGAGUUAAAACGGAAUUAAGAUGUAACAUUGAAAAUGUAUGACGAUGCUUUAAAAAGGCAAAAUAUUUUUUCUUUUAAGACAUUAUUUAGAGUAUUUUUAGGAAAAGCCAUGGAUUAUUUAUUGAAUUGAUAAUUCUGUAGCCGUCCCUUAAUUUAUUAACUAUUUCGCCCAAUGAAUUGAAGACCAGCUGAAUGUAACAUUGUUGUAUUACAUAUCUCUAUGUACAAUGAAUAUAUGUUAACUAUCCAUACAUCCCUUCUAAAUAAUUUACUUGCUGAAACGGAAAUAUUUCGCAAACAUAGUUAUUGUAAUGUAAAAAGAAAGAAAGAAAAUCGAGCAGAACGAAAAUGAAUGUGUUCAGACGCACAAAGUUUAUCUUCUGCAUUACAACUUAUUUUGCAGUAAAGAGUGUCACUCAAAAUGUUCACCACAUGAAUGCUGUGCAGGGCCUCGGUAACAUUAAAGUUGGUUGGAUAAACUUCAAAAAGUACUCACAACGGCUUUUUAACACAUCCCCGUUCCAUCAAGAAAUCGUUCCAAAUCUUGCCAAAUGUCACAGGUUGUGCAUUCUUAAAGAAACGUGCAAAAGUUUUAACCUGAUACCCUUGAAAGAUUCUUUUCGUUGUCAAUUGCUGAAUCAUACGUUUUACACUCAAGCUUGCAAACUGGAAAGACAUUCGAAUGCAACGCAUUACAUCAUAUCAAAUCCAUGCGUACAAUUGUACAAUUUGUGUCCAGACUACAAGAAGUGCGUUCCUGAUGACGCCCUUACAUCAUAUAGCUGUCAAAAUAAAACCGGUAUAGCAUGGCCACAUAUCUGUCCUGUAACAGGGACCAGUCAAUGGAUUACACUUGAAGUGGCAAUUCCAACACCGUUCUGUCACGUAUGUGACACAGCACUUAUACCUGGUUCUUUUGUGAUUUUGAAUAAAAAAAACCACACACUUUUUAACCGAACCUGGCAAGAUUACAAAGAUGGAUUCGGUGGUGAGGAAUUUUAUGUAGGGAACGAGUUGAUUCAUCAAAUUACCACGUCACACCAAUGUGAAUUGCAUGUAAUUAUGUCGGGGCCAAUGGGUAACUACAGGUUUUUGUACAAGCAUUUUGUUGUGAAAGAUGAAGCAACCUUUUACCAAUUAGAAGUUGGCGAAUUCCAGUUAAUUGCAGGAGAGAACCUCGUAGACGAAUUUUCGAAUUACGAUGGUAAACAAUUUAGCACCUAUGAUCAAGGAGCCUUUAAAGAUAGAACAAAGAAAUUCGGAGUUGGAGGAUGGUGUAAGUCGCAUGAAAAUGCUAAUUUCUUUGCAGGUUUUUGGCGGGAAAAGACCGAUACUAUUCCAUCAAAAUAUUUCACCGUUGUUCUGAGGUUAAAAAAGAAAGUGUGAAACCUUCAACGAAUAUUUUUAUGGACUAGCAUUUGUAAGCACUUUAUAAUAUAUCCACGUAAUUGUGAGCCACAAAACGUGAAGAACUGUUCGAAUGUUCACCGUCCAUCUAAUACGUCAUUAGCGUGCUUAAGAAAAAGUCAUCAGUUUAGCAGAAAAGAAAACACACAUAUAUAUAGUAUAUCUUGAUAACUAGCCAUUGAAAAAGUGCCAGAGAUUUGGAAAUUGAAUUAAAUUCAGUAAAAGCAUAGUGCAUUUUUUAAUCUCGGAAAAAAACUCCUUAUAAUAUAAGUUUUAAUAGUAUAAUGAUAAUGAUUGAAAUAUGCUUAUCGCUAUUAUAAUACACGUAUACGUCUGUCCGUCUUUCACGCAAAAUGGUACUGCAAGUAGCGAGAUGAACGCAGUGGGGUAUUAAAAGGACGGGCGAACCCGUGAAUUUUUUCACGGGUCACGUCGCCGACUAGUUACUAUUAUUGCUGGUUUACCUAUUUAUGUUCGACUGCGCAUGUCAGCAAAAAUGUGGAGCAAAAAUUCAUUUUACAAAACAAGACUCGCACCAAGUUCUUUAGCAUUUGGCUCCUAUUUUAUAAUUAAAAACUUUUGAAGAAUUAACGGCUACCAUUUUUUUUUAUCUGCCUUCUUUUAUCUUCAAAAAAUACUCAACUACAAGUCGCCCUGUCAAAUAAGGCACUCUAUCUUAAUUUCUGUGUAUAUCUAUUUUGUGUGUAUGAUUAUUUUUAUUUUAUUUACUACUAUUAUUUUUUCGUAUUCAACUUCUGCUUUUUAUCGUUUCCUCUUGCAGUGGUGAUUUCACUUUUUGUUUUUUGGUAAACUUUUUCAUUUCUUGCAUUGUGAAUGUUGUUUUUAAAUAUUUUAUCAUUUGUAGCAUAUUUGUAUAUUUACUAACUUUACUACUAUUUUACACGACACAUUUUAAUAGCAGUAAUUUAUUACUAGGGCUUGGUGAUAAGGAAAAAAUGCUUUCUGCAAGCUCAAGUCAGUCUUUUAAACUUCUUCGUAUGGCUUAGUUCUUUAUUAUACUAGCUGAUGUAUGUAUAUAUUUUCUAUUCAUUUUUAAACGAUACGCACUUGUAUAUAUGAAUGAACUUGUAACUCGGGGAAAAAAAUACACACUACACUACUACUACUGAGAAUGUUUUUAACCUGUGUAAAUAUUCAUU